AUGGAAUAUAAGCCUUGGCUAAUAUUCCUCCUCCUUGCCUUGGCCGUGGUGGCCGAGUCGUCUAGUACUAUUAACAAAGUUGGCACAGGCUCAUGCAAUGGCGCAGUGGGUGACUGCAUUGGCAAGGAGAAUGAGAUGCUGAUGGAUUCUCAUCAUGGCCGAGAUCUUGCGCAGCGCAGGAAGUACAUUAGCUACGGAGCUCUGAAGGCCAACUCGGUUCCAUGCGGCCGCCGCGGCAACUCCUACUACAACUGUCAAAAGAGGAAAAGGGCUAAUCCUUAUAAGCGCAGUUGCAACGUCAUUACGCAUUGUGCCAGGAUCACUGAUUGA